AUGUCGCAGGACCAGGCAUCGUUGACGUCGAAGAUAGCAGUGGUUGGCGCUGGUGAAGUCGGCAGCACCAUAGCAUACAGCCUGAUACUCAACCCAGUGGCUGGCGACAUUCUGCUCAUUGACCCAGAUACAUCGCGACGCGAUGCUCAAGCUCAAGAUCUCAGUGAUGCAACAUAUCAUGGAAACACAUCAACACGAGUACUUACAGCAGAGCCCGAGGAAGCAGCGCAGUGUGAUGUAAUCGUGCUUACUGCGGGAGCAGCUCAGAAGAAAGGCGAGAGCAGAACGGACUUGAUUGGAAAGAACGUAAAGAUUUUGAAGAGCGCGAUUGAGGGAUUCAAGGGGAGUCUAAGUUCAGACUCCAAGACGAUUUUGCUGGUCGUGGCCAAUCCUGUCGACGUACUUACAGAGUUUGCAGCGAGGUUUUCUGGUCUACCAAGAUCACAGGUCUUUGGAAGUGGAACGUUCUUGGAUUCGGCCAGACUACGAGGAAUCCUAGCAUCGCGAAGCGGUGUUGCCGCAAGCAGUAUCGAUGCCUAUGUGCUUGGUGAGCAUGGCGACAGCCAGAUGGUCGCGUGGAGUCAUGUCAGUAUUGGUGGUGUACCGCUAGAUCAGGCUGUGGGAAAGAAUGAGAUUGACAAGAAGUCGAUAUCAGAGGAGACGAAGAAAAAGGCUGCUGCAAUCAUGGAGGCUAAAGGGGCAACUGCUUAUGGUAUAGGAGGUGUUGCAGCUAGUCUUUGCAAGAGUAUUCUGUUUGACCAGAGGAACGUCAGACCGGUCAGUCACUGGCAAGAGGAGCUUGGUGUAUGUUUGAGCAUGCCUGCUGUGAUUGGCAGGAAGGGUAUUGUGAGGACACUUCCCAUGGAUCUCAGCGACCAGGAGAAGAGGGAACUGGAAACCAGCGCGAAGAGCUUGAAAGAGGUUGUCCAAGAAGCAGAGAAGAGUCAGCAGUAG